GCCGCAACCCUCCCCGCAGAACCGCCAAAACCCCAAGACUCCAUCUGGAAGUCCGCCCUUGGCGAAGCCCAAUACUUCGCCUCGGGCCUCAUCUCCCACCCCUCCGAAUCCACCCGCCACUACUCCAUCAUCAGACACACCCGCGCCCUCAUCUGGUACUCGGGCCCCUCCACCUCCGUCUCCAUCACCAUCCUCUCCGACGAGCCGCUGCCCUCCCAGCGGACCCUCUGGAUGCAGCAAAAGGGCUACUCGGGCAACAUGGGUAUGGCGCUCAAGGCCCUCGCCGGCACGACCUCGUCCUGGAUCAACGUCACGCCCGCGCGCCUCGCCACCGUCAACGACACCUCUGAAGCAGACGAGCGCAGCGUCCAGCGCGAUCUCAAGCGUUUCGCGAAGAAGGCUUCGGGACGGCAAAGGAAUCAUGUUCCCCGCGAGACGCACAUUGUUCGCAUCCCGGCUACUGCAUCAGAUGGGUACUUUCGCCUCGUGUUAUGUGGAGGGAGCGAGGCGGGCAAAAAAGUGCUCUGCGGAAGUCCUGUCUUCAGGGUCGCAAGUACGUCUGCGGACGUCAGUGUCGUCAGGGGCGCAAGCCUGAGUACCAUGCCCCUGGAGAUGGGCGUCAAAGUCGCCAGCACCAUAGGCCAGGCCAUGGCGAACAAGUACAUUGGCGUGGCGAGCGCAGUGGUCAACAGUCAGGUCGGCAACAUCGUGGCGAACUCCACCGUCAAAAAGGUCAGCACCGUGGCAGUCCGGAGCUACCAGGUGUCCGGCGUGGGAGAUGCCGUCCAGGAGAGCUGGCAGCGGCAAAGGGGCCAGCAGGAGAGAUACGACCCGCUGAUGGUGAAUGCGCCGGUGAUUUACAUGCUUGGUUCGGAAAGCGGCCCUGAGGCACCAUUUCCAGUCAAGUUCGAUGGUAAAGUCGUCCAAGGGACAGGGAGGUCAACUGCAGAGCUGGGAAUUCCGACGGCGAACCUGAGUGGUGUGUCGGAUCAGGUCAAGUUGCGGAUGGGAGGCGUAUUUGCGGCUUGGGCAUGCAUACAGAUGCCCAGGAACAGCAACGGCGAGUCAAUCGCAGUAAUGGACGACAUGCUGCCGACAGACUGGCUCGAAGCCGUCGUCACCAUCGCUCCCUCUCGACAUGCUCCACCCUCUGUCGCCAUGAAGAACAGCGUCUCGGUUCACAUCAUCCACGACUUUGAAGAAACGCACUUCAUCGAUGCCAAACUCAAGGUCCUCCUCAUGGGCUUCCUGCACCCGGCCUCCCCUCCCCACACUCCGCCAGACCAUCUCGCAGCCGAACACUCCCAAGACGUGAUGAACACGCUCGCCAGUCUCGGCCGCGCAGCAUGGGGCCCACACGACACAGUGGCCAUGAUGAAGAGCGUCAAGAGUAGUCGCAGUCUCGGGGAGAGGCUUGAUGACACGACGGGCAAGGUGGUGGCGCAGGUGGAUAAGAUUCCGCUGCAUUGGGCGGGCAUGAGGAGCGAGGUUGGGGUUUUGCAGGACAAGGCAUAUGGGAAUGGGGGGAUGUGGAUUGUAAGGUGA